CCGCUGAACCUUCAACACACACACACACGACUAGAGUAUCUUUUAAAUAGGCCAUUGUAAAUUUUACACAGAAUCAUCAACCCAACUGUCGAGCGACGCCUUCUAAGAAACACCAUUACGUUGAAAUUAUUCUAGCAGCAUUGUCGUUGUUAGACACACUUCAUCCUUCGACACAUAUAAAAAUUCCCUUUAUCUAAACGGUCCAUAGACAAAACAAAGUUGAUAAUUUGAAAUAGAAAACAGAAUAUUUCAACAAGAUUCUAAAAACAUACAUCACUUCUCAGUAAUAAGAUAGGAAUGUGCUGAAUGAUGCGACUUCAAGGAGAGAUGGAAUCUACUGAUGAUGAGCUUGAUCAGAGUGUGUUUGAAAACAAAAAUGGUCUGGCUGAUGAUAUGGCAUUUUUGGCUAGUAUGCCAGAGUUAUGCGAUGUCACAUUCUUAGUCGGAGAUACCAGAGAACCAGUAUGCGCCGUAAAAGCUGUUUUAGCUGCUAGAAGCAGAGUGUUUCAUAAAAUGCUAUAUCAACCGCCAAGUCCACAGAGAAAAAAAGAAGUUAUUCCUAAAGAGACUACUAAGCUUAGACGACCGACAUUUUUGAAACGAAGUAGUGAGCCAUUGUUGAAUGUGAAAAAUGCUAACACCCAAACACAAUCUAAUCAGCAUCAAACUGUAGUAGUGGAUGAAUUCGAGCCGGACGUAUUUCGUCAACUUAUUGAAUACAUACACACUGGUUGUGUGACUUUGCAACCUAGAACUCUAUUAGGAGUUUUAAAUGCAGCCGAUUACUACGGUCUUGAAGAUCUUCGGAAAGCAUGUACAGGAUUCGUCCAAUGUUGUAUCAACGUCGAUACUGUCUGUGCCCUACUCUCAUCCGCCGAACGUUACAUACAGUACAAAUGCACUAAAAGUCUUGUACAGAAGGUAUUAGAGUUUGUUGACGAACAUGGCAACGAAGUUUUAAAUUUAGGAUCGUUUGCCUUAUUACCAUUGCAUGUAGUGAGAUUAAUACUAAGUAGAGAUGAGCUAAAAGCCGACGAAUUCACCAAAUUUCAAGCUGCAUUAAUGUGGACCAUGAAAUACGGUGAUACAAAUUCAAACGUCGAUUGGAAAGAGGUAUUUGUUGAAAAUUUUAUGUCUUCCAUUCAAUAUCACAAAAUACCUGCCAAUGUUUUAAUGAAUGAAGUAGAACCAUUGAAAAUAGUUCCAUACGAGGUGAUCAUGACAUCUCUAGCUUAUCAGGCAGACCCCUCCUGUGUCGAUCCCGACAAACUGAAGAGGGCUUUGAGAAUGGGUAAUAUACAUGGACUGAUGGGUAUCAGUAGUACAAUUGGCACAGUGACAGCUGAAAGAACAAUGUCGAUGCAGAGUUCGGGUACACACCACGGUUCCAGUUCAACAAUUAGCUCCAUCGGAUCCAGUGAUUUAGUUGGUUCUGAUAAAACUUGAUCCGGAAGAACCCCUUUGAGUUAAUAGGCGUGCACUCUUGCCUAAAUAUUCAAUUAUUUUAUAAUGAAAUGAUUCCUAUUAAAAAAAAAAACAAAUUCGCAUUAAUUAUUAUGACUAUAA